CCCCUCUCCUCUCUGGCGGCAGCCUCCGCCUCUCUCUCUCUGGUCUGUCAUCCACACCGCUGUUGUUGCAGCCAUUUUACCGUGGAGCGUCGGCACAGCGGCGGAGCGAAGGAUGCCGAAACGGCCGCACUAAAAGGACUAGAAACAUGGCUGAUGCGGCACGAGGUCCCGUGGUUGGUCGGCCGUUGGUGUUCGCCAAUGAAGAGCGGAGGGCGGUACACUCCUGGUCCCGGAUCUCGUCAGCGGGGCACAACGUCCUCCUGGAUGCUCUGAAGAUCCUCAGCCCGAUGUCCCACGACCUCUCGAGCAGCGGGGAGCUGGUCACCUUUGUGCAGGACCUGAGCGAAGAGGGCCACAAACCCACCGUGCUGCGCAGCAAGGAUGUGUACGGCUACCGCUCCUGCACAAACCAGCCCCUGACUGAAGACAAGCUAAAGCCACCCAACAGGACCGUCAGACCAACCGCCAAGAGGAGGGGAAGGAAGCCCAUGGCUAAGAAAAGGGAAGUGCACCCGUCCUGGAAUACCUCUGAGAGCAGCAGCCCCAGGAUUCAAGGGGUCCGCCCUGGCCCUCCGGAGCUGCUGGUGGACCAUCAUCCCUUCAUCUGCAGCCGGACACCCAUUCGGUCUGUAGAGAUGUCGCAGGUGCGGCCGUGCCUCAGACUGACCAACAUUGAAGGCCUCUCUGGCUUCCACACGGCCAGACUCCAGAUCCACACUUCCUGGGACUCAUCCUUGGAGGCGCCGUCUGUUGCCUUUUCACAGCAGCAGCACCCUCCAACGCUUUCAGGAAUACCUUUGCAGCCUUCUCAGAACGGUGGCGGGGCGUCCACCAAAGCCGUGGCCUUGUUCAGCCAGAAGAGCCUGUCCUGUCCCCUUCGACUGGACGGCGCCCUCAUCGGCGAUUCCGCUCCAGUCUUUUACGCCAACGGUCGGGCAUUCCCAGAAACUCACACAGAGCUGACCAGCAACGGCUGGAAGAGCAAUGGCUUCCACCGGGACAGUCAGGACCCCAAGGAACUGAACAACCCAGCCGGGCAAAGAAAUGGCUGGAAGGACAAGAACAGUUUUAAGUGUAAAGUGAUAAAGGUGGACAACUCCCGCUCUGUGGCUGAGGCCCGCAGGAAAGCGCAAAAGAUCCUGCAGGUCAACCUGUCUCCAGUGAUUCAGAUCCAACCUCUCAACCACGUGCUGAGAGACUUCAGAUACCAGAAUAAAUGACAAUUCCCCUCAAACACACAUUGUUUUGUUUAGCAGAUGUUAGUGUUUUACAUCCAUUAGCCUCUACCUGGCUGAGCCCCAGUGUUCAUAGCAGACGUCUUACAUGUUUUUUUGUGAUCUCUGAGUGUCGGCGGUAGAGAAGUCAGUCAGUCUGUCUGUGGAGGUUCUGACGAGGCACUCGGGAUUUAAAAGGCUUUUCUCAGCAGGCUGGGAACUGACUAUCGGCCGAAAGCUGGUACAUUUUCACUGUCUACAUUACUUUGUGAUACUCAAUACUUGAACCAACCAUCAUUCUGCUUUGAGUUGACUGGCUGCUAGCCGAUGUUGCUGAUGAAUCUUUGUGACGCAGCAUCCACUGUGACUGUUAGGUCAAAGAAAGGUGAAUUUUCUGCCCUUCGCGAAGACACUGGGUGUGGCUCACAGUUGUUUGAAGAGUAUUUAUAACUCAUUUGAAGUAUAACGCUGAUUUGUUAAAGUAUUUUUUUUUUCCUGGGAUGUCCAGAUCAACUGGUGGAUGAGCAGGGCAGGUUUCCAUAGUCCUCAGACGAGCAGACGUGGUGGUUGGUUUGUUCCAGCAAAACAAUUAACAAAACAAAAGGAGGGGAAAAAAAGAGAAACAUGCUUAGUUUGUCUUCCUUUUUUGUAUUUUUGUUGUGUUUCCACUGGAAAUUAGGAAGGCUCUGGGAGCAAGUAUAGCAGGGAAUCAAAUCCGUGGCCCACACAGAGAUAGAUUGAUACCUGAAUGAUCUGUUUGAACUACAGUGCUUCACAAAGUGUUCCUUUUGGUUUAGUUCAUCCACACAUGGAGACAGCAUGAAUUAGUGGAAGCAAAUGCAGAAAAGGGAGAGUAUGGAAGAGGACUUGGGCCUCGUGAAAACAUUUCAAGUUCUGGUUUUAUUUUUUAUUUUAAUUAUGGGGAAAAGCGUUAAGAGUUCUCAGAUAUAAAACUUCUGUCUACAGUUUUCUCACAUUUUCUCAUCAUUAAACACAAUCUCUCAAUUCUGUUUUUACACAUUUCGGACUGAGUUUAUUCUACAAAUCAUCACUUUUCCUCCUCAAAAUUAAAAAAUUCUUCCAUUCCAUGACGUGGCCCUCGUCCACCUCUGUAAGCUUGAUAAAAAAACAACAAUAUGUGCGCUUGGGCUGGGAAAUGACCAUCAGCUGGUGGUGUAAUGCUGCUCAGUAUUUACUUUAAGUCCAAUAAACUUCUGUCAGUGGAGCACUGGCGUUUAUGCUGAUUUAAAAACGCUUGUGGUUGACAUUUCUUAACUUGAGCUGCACUGCCUGUUUGUUUGCCGACAAGCAAACAACAUGCAAAUGACAAGAAAGUUCUCCAAUCAGAUCCAUCUUCUGUUCUGUUGAGUUGAUGGUGAGAUUUAACAACAAUCUUCAUUUUUUUGUUUCUUGAACUCCUCAGCUGUGAUCAAACUAUUGUGGCUCACCUUUUAAAGUUAAAAUAAAAAUGCUCUUUGAGAAUUUGUCUCCUGUUCCUGAACAUAAGUCAUUAAUAUUUUUUUCUGAGAUUAUUUCUAAAAUUUGGUUUGACUUUAAACCCACACUGGUUUUGCUACAGGUGCUAACUUUGCGUUACGUCGGUGCUGAAUGAUUGCCACAAGAAUGUUCUUCUAGUUCAGAUCAGAGCAUUUAAUAACUGAUUUCCUGUGAGUUAUUGUCACAAAGGGGCUGACAAGCACUGCUGCCCCUUGCAGGUUGGGAUGAGCAUGCCAAACCGCCUUGUGUGCUUUCCAAAGGGUUUCUUCUGUGAGGAACCACCUGAAUCCAUUUUCAUGUUAUCAUCUGUGAGAGACCUUUGUGAGCAGGUUUAAGAUUUUUUUUUUUUUUUUUUUUUGUCAAACUACAUUUUUAUAUCAGAAAUAUUGACUACUAAAGGUCCAGGUAGAACUAAACCACCUUAAGGUUGGUAAAUGAGGACUUUUGUUUCAAAAACCAUUAAAAAGAUAAAAAAUAAAACCGGA